UCCCUCUACAAAAAGUCCAUAAAGUGAAACAUAACAUGCUGCUUUUAAACACUCCACCUUCAAAGCUAAAUCUCACACUUCUCUGAAUUCUUCACAAAACCUUCUGUUAUCAUCAUUUAUUUUUUCCUUCAACUUCUUCAAUUAAUUGGCCUUUCCAAAAUGAUUACUUUACCACAUCCUAUGUUUCUGUUUGUAUUGUUUCUUUCACUCCUAAGCCAAAUGGUAGCUGCAAAAGGGAAGGACAACGUUACAGAGGCUUGCAGUGUGACAAGGUACCAAAGCCUUUGUGUUCAUUCUCUGUCACAAUUCUCCAACACUGCAGGAAGAAGCCCUAGCAAGUGGGCACGUGCGGGAGUGUCGGUGUCGAUUGGCGAGGUUAAGAAUGUUAAAGCGUAUCUUGCAGAAUUGAAGAAGCAUGGACACAUGAAGGGAAGAAACAAAAUUGCGCUUUCAGAUUGUGCUGAAUCUUUUUCCUAUGCCCUUGACGAGCUUCACAGAUCACUGGGUGUGCUUAGGAGGCUGAGCAAAACCACGUUCAGCACCCAAAUGGGAGACCUCAACACGUGGAUCAGUGCAGCACUCACUGAUGAAGAAACUUGCCUCGAAGGGUUUGAAGGAGAAAAUGAGAAGCAUGUUAAAGUGCUGCAAAACCGUGUUCAGAAUGUGUCUUACAUCACCAGCAACGCUCUUGCUCUUGUCAAUAAACUUGCCACCACAGGUCUGGGAAGCAUCAACGAUCCAUAGAAUUGAAUAAGUUCUGAGAUUGUUGACAGUAUAUAUGUAUUAUAUUAAGGUUAUAUAAAUAAACCGUGAACUAUAUAUAUAGAUACUAUCAAUUACAUAUGAAUAUAUAAAAAUGGUUCUAUUUAUAAGCUUUGGAUAUGUUGUUUUUCCUAUGAUGUUGCUUCGUCUUUGUAAAUAUGAUGUGUUCU